CCGAAUAAUUUUAGCGGACGAAAUGUAUUGUACAUUUUUUAAAAAUUAAAAUUAGGCACCUACAGAAAUUUUUUGUUUUAAAUGAAAACUGACUUGUGAUUGUGAAAUGUUAAUUUAAAUUAUGAACAAAAGCUGAAUUUGAUAGACAAAAUGGAGAAAGAUCUAGUGUGCAUUAAAAUUAAGGUAGAGCCCGAUGACAGUGGGCCAGAUAUUUUACCUUCCAUAGCGGAUCAUAAUAUAGGAGCCUCUAAUGAUAAUAAAAAACAAAAUGAUAUGAAUGACCAAAGCUUGCGAGACGACGACCGAAAGUGUCUGAUUGAGCCGGAGUUCGUCAGCGUUAAGAAAGAACCGGGCUCGACUGUUGACACCGUUAAUUCAAAGGCAAAGACAAAUACAGACACAGCAAGCUGGCAUAAUGUACCAGUCAAAUAUGAACCUGGAUGCCAAAAUAUAAAUGUAGAAAUAUCUAUCAAGGAAGAACCAACUGAUGUAGAAGUGCAAAUUGAACCAUAUUACCCUGAUUAUAUUGUGCCAGACACAGCACCGCAGAUACCAAAACCAUGCAACCUGUUUAUAAGUGAUUUUUCCGACAAAAUUCUCGACUUGAGCUCGACUGUUGACGGGAAAUACAUGUGCCCAAUAUGCCAGAAGAGAUUCGCAAAUAAAGGUAACGUUAGCCGGCACGUACUCGAAGCGCACACGCGGGAAAAACUCGAAUGCAAUGUAUGCUUCAGAAAAUUCGUCAAACAGGGCCAUUACGAGAAGCAUUUACUCACGCAUUCUACGGAAAAACGUUUCAAAUGCGAGGAAUGCGACAAAAGGUUUCGCACCUCCUCGAACUUGGAGCAGCAUAAGCGCAUACAUCUACUAGUGAAACCUUUCCAAUGUCAAAAAUGCACGAGACAGUUCGCCGUCAAAGCGAACCUCGCGAAACACCAGGGCUCUGGCAGGUGUAAAUUACCAAACGUCGAUCCAAUUGUUUGCAACGUCUGCAACAAGGUAUUCCAAAAAGAGUUCCUAUUAAAAAGCCAUUUACGGAGACACACCACAGAGCGCCCGUACGAAUGUGACAAAUGCAAAAUGUGUUUCAAAUACAAAUCUACACUAAUACGCCACGUUCAACUACAUAAUAAUAUCAAACCGUACUCAUGUACUAUAUGCAAGAAAAAGUUCACACAUUCAGGUCUGAUAAAGCCACAUAUGAGAAAACACACCGGGGAGAAGCCGUACGCAUGUCCGAUGUGCAACAAACUUUUCGCCCACAAACACAAUAUGCAAAGGCAUUCGUUGAGGCACGCGAAAAUUAAAAACUUAGUUUGCGCGGUCUGCAACAAAGUUUUCCCUAAAGAGAGUCGGUUGAUUUAUCAUAUGAGAACUCAUACUAAAGCCAAGCCAUUCGUUUGUGCGGUUUGCGGUAAAACUUUUUCACAUAGACAAAAUAUAGUUAGACAUUAUGGUAGGAAGCAUCCGAACGAUAGAUACGAAUGCACUGAUACUGACGCAAGUGUUGCCAAACACGUGUGGGAGAAUGUGGUGUUGAAGAAUAAUAUGAAUGUUAGUGAUGACGUCAAACAUGUCGUCAGUAGCGACGACGAAUUGUUGUCGAACUUUAUAACUGAAGAAAUUAUAGGGAAAUAAUAUAAAUUAUACAAUAGGCUUUAGUACAUUAUUAUUUAAACUGAAUCUUUAUGGCACCAAGUCUGUGAAUAAUGUUGAAACUACUCAAAUGCUUCAACUUCAUAUCGCAUUAAAGGUCUUAAAAAAUACAAAAUAAUACAAAUUUAUUUACUUCAUUAUGGCUUGUUGUAACUAAGACGUUUUGAUUUUUUCGAAUAAUUUUAAAAUCAAACGCCUUUAACGCGGCGCGGUGAUUCGAUAAAGACGAGAGUUAAAAUAUAAAUGAUAAGGUCACGUCUCAGCAAAUUUCUUUACAUGCGAGAAAAGAAAUAUACAAUGUAGAGAGAAAGAGAAAGAGAGUUUACAGUUAUGUCGAUUCUGUUUUACGCAAAUCUUCUGAAUUGACAUGUCUAAUAUGUAGUGCCAAGAACAUAAUGAAAAUAAUGGCACUACUUCUCUGUCUAAUUUGUUCAGAGAUGUGUGUUCAACAAAGUAUUGUAUAUCGCCGCUUAGCUAACAAUACCGUAUAAGGCAAGUUACUAUAGUUUUUUUGACAUACCGCUCUCUUGUAAUUUAUACAAAAAUUUCAGUAGGAACAAGUCAACGUUCUUAUUAUUUUUUGAUUUUUAUAUAAUAUGGUAAGAAAAUAGUUUUCUGUGUCCUUAUAACCUUGCUAAAGGACGAUAUGUGAUACAAAAAGCGCUUGCACACGUUUUCGUGAUUUGUAUGUGAUAUACAGGUUUAAAUAAAGAAUACCAUAAAGGUCUCGGCUUAUACAGAUGUUUACAUUCGUUCUAUGAAUUUUUUUUCUUUAACUCGAUAGUUUGUAAAUACAUAUAUAUAAAUAUUCAAUAUUUUACACAAUCUACUUGUUACUUCUCUGUAAUGUUACCUUACAGAAAUAACUUUAUUUUUUUCUUUAACAAAAGUUAUUAGUUUUAGCUAUAUGAACUACAAGACCGAGAGCAUUUUGGUAGUUUUUAUUUAACCAUGUAUAAUGCGAACUUUAAUGUGAUUGUUUUUUUUUUUAUUGAUAAAGCAUUUCUUUUACUUGUUAUUUUUGUCUUAACUUGGAGGUAAUUAACAAAGCUCCCGUACCAAAUUUCAAAGUUUCGGCAUUCAUAUUACGACUGAGUCAAAUAUUUUUUUGUGUAGAAGCGUCAAAUUCAAUAGAUACAGUAAAGCAGUAGCUACCCAUAAGACGCCGCGGCUAAUAAUUAGCAAUACAUUUUAUAAAUUAGAGCAUAGGGGUAGUAAUCGAAACUAGCCUCGUAGUUAAAUUACUCAAAUAUCGUUAAAAAGAUAAGUAGGUAUAGUAAAUUAAAUAAAUUAUUAAUCGUGUUUCUCAUAAAACAAUUUAUAUUUGCGACUCAUUGAAUAAGCCAUUUAUGUAAAUAAUAAUUUGUAAUUUACCUAUCCAAUACGUGUUUAGUUAUUUGUUAAAUAGUUUUUUUUGUUGACCACUAAAGAUCUCUAUUGCCAAUUUCUAGGUAUCCGGUAUUAAAUAAGUACUGCAUAUUAUUUUAGAGUAUAUAUUUAUAAAUUUAAAGUUUUUAUCAUUAUUUCAUUGUAAUCAUAAAUAAAAAUUGUUUUCAAAAAAAUAUUUUUGAUUUAGUGACAAAGUAAGAAUGAAAUGUCUGUACCCAUAUCAUGAGAUCGGGUAGUCGACAACCCGCAUUAAAGCGUGGUGGGUUUAUGCUUUAAUAUCCCAAGCACCUUUGAGAGAGAGAUGUCGGUGGCAACAUGAGCUAUAAUGAUAGACCAUUUCGUCUUUUCUUAUGUCCGACUUCCAGAAUACGUAAUUGAACUUUUUUUAUUUAAGAUUUUUUUUGAAAAUAACUUUUUUGUUGGUGCAUAUACUUAUGUAUACUGUUUCGUUUGAAGCCGAUACUAUUAUAUGCACAUUUAACUAAUAUUCAAAUUUUUUUCAAGGAAGUCAAAAAAGUUCCAUUUUAUUUGAUGGAUGGAUGUUUUUAUGGCACGUUUUCAAAGCUGCAUCUAUGGAUUAAAGAAGACAAUAAGUACAGUAACCUCUAAGCAAUCAGUAAAAUGAGAUUCACGCAGUAAAUAAUUGCUUCAUCAUCAAUACCUGUGCUGGUUAUAGGCCUCCCCCCUUAUAGGAAAUAGGGAUAUAGCUUGGACCCCCCCGUGCCUCAUCUGCCAAGCAUGGUAGUCUUAAGGUUUCUAUACACUUAAUAAAAAAGUAUCUUAUAUAAUUUUCGAGGAGCUAUUUAUAAAUUUGUCCUGAUCAAUCAAGCUUUUUUGCCGUGCUAAGAUAACGAAGGUAAUAUAAUAUAAUAUUUUUAUCCUGCGGGAAAGGUUUCCAAAUAGUUUCUCGGGAAAUUAUCGUAUACUGUGCCGAAUGUCAUCAAGAUCGGUGCAGUCUAAGCAGAAGAUAUGGAACAAGACAAACAUACAAACUUUCCCAUUUAUAAUACUAAUAAGGAAAUAAGGAUUAGAAUGGACUAUUGAAUAUUGAUAUCUUACUGUAAUCAAAAUAAUCGCUCUCUUUUAUCUUUUUCCGACUACGGGGGGUCUCCAAAUGCACAAAUAAAAAAAAACCCUUUUUCUGAGCCUUCUUGGCUGAGCGGAAUUUUAUGAGAUUGGCCCUGAGUUGGAUAUCUUAACAAACCUAAGUAUCUGUACUUAUUACUACGCAAAAUAUUAAGCAUGUUACUCUAAUCUCAGGAAAUAUUACUCCGAUUUGAUUAUUGCGGCGCUCAGCUUGCGACGACCCGUAUUUGCGUAUUUUUGGAACAUUAUUAUUUGAAUACUUGGCUCAAUGGGAUCUGAGCUGAUACAACAUAAUGCCCAUUUCAAACACUCCCAAUACAAAUAAAUGAAGCAAUAAUGAUGACAGAAUAUUUUUGAUUUUUUAUACUAAGUAAUAGAUACAUGUUACGCUUCUCUGUCCUCUAAACUUCAUAAAAAUUACA